AUGAUGGUGAUGAUGGUGAUCAUGAUAAUGGUGAUUACUGCGAUAGUGAUGGUGGUGAUUAAGAUGAUGAUAGUGGUGAUGGUGGUGCGGAUUGUGGUGGUGAUAGUGAUGGUGGUGAUUGCAAUGAUGGUGGUGGUUUUGGUGCUGAUUGGAGCACAGGGCGUGAGUCUUUGGAAAGUUGCUGAAGUGGCCGCGGCUGAGCGCGAGGAGCUGCCCGGGGUUCUGAGAUUCGCUCGCGCGAACAACGAGGAUCUGUCCGUGGUGCUGAAUCGACACAGCGCGAGACAGAUCUCCACCGCGACGCUUUACAUCCUUUCCAGGACGCUUUGCAUUUUCCGGAGGACAUUACACGACGAGACUCAAAGGAUCCGCUUCAGUCCAGCGGUCAUGCCUGGGAGAAGUGCACAACGGUCCCACGCGCUCAUUCUCGCGCUCAUCAUCGCCGCUUCUCUGAUGAGCUCGCGAGGCCAAGACAAUGGCAUUGGACCAAGCGAUGAAGGAGGAGAAUCAAAAUUGGAACAAGAGCUCAACCCCAUCACCAGCAAACAGGACUCCAUGAGGGAGCUCCACGAGAUUGCAACAGUGCUUCCACCAAGCUUCAACCACCAACCCAACCUGAAAGGCCUUCUCCUCCAUGAGGCUCUGCUCACUAAGAGCUUUGAAGGAGACCAGCAGUUCUUCAGAGAUGGUGGUCAUAUGGAGGCUCAUCCAACCUCCCCAAGACCAUCUUACAUAGAACCUGGAGAUCCACUUGGAUCAACUCAUGUGGUUCCUCAUGAAGAUGCACCAGCUUUCUCUGACAUCGCUACCACAGUCAUGACAACAGCCAGUCCUACUAGUCCUGGGAAGCUAGUCUCCAUAGGCCAAAAUAGGCCAAGCAAGAGAAGGCAAGGCAAGGUGGAGGUCUUGGGUGGUCAAGUGGAUACGGCUACUAGUCCAUCAAGAAUUGGACAACAAAGAGCUUCACCAAAGGCUGAAAAGUAUCCCAGGGUGGAUUUCACAAAAAAAGAACGUCGGCCAUCAGGGAAGAGCAUUAUGGGUAAUCCCACAGACAUGGAUGGAGAUACAACCAUAACAAGCAUCAUUCACACCACAACGGUAAUCAGCACUAUGAGAGAACAAGGUCAGUGCAGCAUGAACUUGACAGAUGCUGAGGGCUACAUCGAGAUGCCGCCAAGCUCAGAUUCAUUCGACUCCACUAUGGAUUGCACCUACUUUGUGACGGUCUAUCUUGGAUAUGGGGUCGAAAUUCAGGUGCUGAACGUGACGCUGGUGGAAGGCGAGAACGUGGUGCUGGAAGACCUAGGUGGCCUUGAGCCCUCCAUCCUGGCCAACAAGUCAGGGCUGACAAAAGGGCUAGUGGUGAAAAGCUCCAGUAAUCAGAUCUCCAUCCAUUUUACCAGUGAGAAGCAGCCGAGGCCAGGUUCCCUGCUGCUGCGCUAUAGAGCCUUUGUUUUGAGCUGUGCUUUCCCACAAGCCCUGGCUAAUGGCGAGGUGUCUGUGAGCAGCCUCCAUGUAGGAGGGGAGGCCUAUUUCUUCUGCCUAACAGGAUACCAGCUUCAUGGCGUGUCCUCUCUGACAUGCCGCAACGCCACUAUGCCAUACUGGAGUGGCAAAGAGCCCAAGUGUGUAGCCUCUUGUGGAGGGAUGCUUAAAAAUGCCACUCUGGGCCGCAUCAUCUCUCCUGGGUUUCCGAGCAACUACAGCAACAACCUCACAUGUCACUGGGUGCUGGAGGCCCCCGAGGGCCACAGGCUGCAUGUGCACUUUGAGAAAGUCGCUCUGGCUGAGGACGAUGACAGGCUGCUGAUCAAGAAUGGGAACAACAUCGACUCGCCUCCUGUGUACGACUCUUAUGAGGUGGAAUAUCUUCCCAACGAGGGGGUAGUGAGCACAGGGAGGCAUCUGUUUAUCGAGUUCACCACUGACGAGACGGGUACCUGCACUGGUGCUGCCAUACGAUAUGAAGCUUUUGCCCAGGGCACGUGCUACAAGCCGUUCGUGAAGUACGGCAACUUCUCCAGCAGUGACAUGUCGUUCGGAGUGGGCACUGUGGUGGAGUUCUCCUGUGAGCCAGGCUACACGCUAGAGCAGGGCUCCGUCACUAUCGAGUGUGUGGACCCCGAAAACCCACAGUGGAAUGAGACGGAGCCAGCCUGCCGUGCUGUGUGCAGCGGGGAGAUCACAGAUUCAGCAGGAGUGGUGCUCUCGCCGAACUGGCCUGAAGCCUAUGACAAAGGGCAGGACUGCAUCUGGGGCAUCCACGUGGAGGAGGACAAGAGGAUCCUGCUGGAUGUCCAAGUCCUUCAUCUUGGUAAGAAUGACAUACUGACGUUUUACGAUGGCGAUGACCUCACGGCCAACAUCCUGGGCCAAUACAGUGGCACUCUACCCAGAUUCAAACUCUACACCUCCAUGGCGGACGUGACCAUCCAGUUCCAGUCCGAUCCGGCCACCAACAUCUACGGCUACAACAAUGGCUUUGUGGUGCAUUUCUUUGAGGUGGCCCGCAAUGACACGUGCUCAGAAUUACCAGAGAUCACAAACGGCUGGAAGAGCACUUCCCAUCCGGACCUGAUCCACGGAACAGUGGUGACCUACCAGUGCUACCCAGGUUUCCAGGUGGUCGGAUCUGAGAUCCUCAUGUGCCAGUGGGAUCUGACGUGGAGCGGAGACGUGCCCAACUGUGAGAAAGUGAUGAUGUGUCAGGACCCAGGAUCUAUAGAACAUGGACGCAGGCUGAUGACCGGUUCACGUUUCACAGUGGGCUCCACUGUGCAGUACAUGUGUAAUAAAGGCUACACACUCUCAGGCCCAGGCCUGCUCACCUGCUACAGCCGCGACACGGCCGAGCCCAAGUGGAGCGAGAAGAUGCCCAAGUGUGUCCCUGAAAGGUACGAACCUUGUGGUAACCCUGGAGCUCCUUCCACUGCCAUCCAGAGCUCAGAGAAAGCCUUCUUCCAGGCUGGAGAGACGCUGAGCUUCACGUGCCGCCCGGGAUACGAGCUGCACGGCGAAGCCACCAUCCGCUGCCUCCCGGGACAUCCGUCUGAGUGGAGCAGAGCGCCGCCUGCAUGCCGGGCCUCUGCAAGAGAUGGUAAUGAGCGCAGAUUGGACAUAAUCAGCACUGAUUUUGGUACUGAGGGCACAGACACUGCCAUCGCAGUCAUGCUUCCUGCUGCAGUGGUGUUACUGGUCAUCCUGGGCAUUUUCUUUUACUUCUCCAAAGUCCAGGGAAAGACCAUGCGCCUCCCCAGCUCCUCCUCACUUCCCUACAACAACAUGACGGAGGAAUCGGCAUUCGACAACCCCGUCUACGAGACCGGAGUAAGUAUGGACUCCCUGAACCUGAGAGACGUGGACUCCCAGAACACCGUCGUCCUGUCCUGACUGCUCAGCUUCAUCUGUCCCGUCAUCGCAUCACCAGCAGACAGCAGCAUUCGCACCACUUCCAUUUUCACCCGACAUCACUGACUCUGACUUUCUGCUUCUGAAAUCUGGUAUUAAGCAACAUGCUCCAGCGUUAAUUAGAGAUACAGAUGCAGGAGUUGGAAAGAAAAUCUAAAAUGCACGUCACUUUCGAAACACGUGUCCAUCAUCUGGUGGCAGAAAUCCAAGGACGUAACAAGGGCGUCUAACUAACUAAAGCUUAAUGUAACGCUGUACAUUAAGGUCUUUCAACUAUCAUUAUUUACUGGACAAACCACAAACUUCUGCAUUAAUAAGUAAAUAAACAUGUACUAAUUGACACUUGUUUAAAUGUUACUGAAAUAUACUUUUAUUGAUAAAUGUUUAUUCAGAUCAUGACUAAAUAUAUGGCCAGAUAAAAGAGUAAAACUGAAUUACAAACAUGUUGCUAAAUUUUGAUAAAUUCCUGAUAUCAGAACUUCUGAACUUGUUCUCAUAAGAGAAUUUAUUUUACUCAUUGAUUGUAUGAAUACUGGUGUUGAUUAAUGGCUUAUUUGGUUCAUUAUUUAAAAAAACACUCAUACAAGUGUUAGUUACUUACUAGUACUGUUAAUGUCACUUGUAUUAACGGUGUAUUAACGAAGUUCAUGGUUUGUUCGUGUUACGUAAUGUGCUGAAAAAUGUCAGUUAAGGGACCUUAAUCGAAAGCAUUACCGUUAGACCAAACGGUAGAUUUAUUCUGGUGAAAUUCACAAGUUCUUGUUUGAAGUGCUCAUUGGGAACCUUAAUGAGCCCGUUACAUGGAACAUACAUACCUGUACGAAAAGGCUCUGAGCACUGAUUGGUGUGUAAAAGAUCAGACAGAUCCUGUGUGGCGUAAUGAAGACAGCUGGACUCAUUGCAGUAAGGAUUUAUCAUCAGACCUUGUAUUAAUGUGAAGAUCAGAGCUGAGAAGCAAAUACGCCAUGAAGUGUGAUGUACGAUGAGUCAAAUAAAAACCUUAAAAGUGUGACAUAAAUUGGAAUUGAAACAAAGUUUUUUCUAGAAGAAUGCAGACACUCACUGAGCACUUGCCCUGAACGAAAUUAUGACAUUAUGUAGAAACAUGGUAACAUUUCCGAUAAAAAAAGCCAAGUAAAAGAUUAGGUUUAAAAAAGGGUUUCAUUUGACUCAUCCUCUUAUGCAUAGUGUACAGGUAUGUGUUCACUGUUUAACCACAUCCAUUCCAUUCCCUACAUCCUGACUAUCAUUGUUGUGUAUCCAUUUCACACCACUGGGAAUGAGAUUGCUUCAAUUACUGCUUUCAUUUCCAUUCAUUUCGGGUGGUUCUCAUCAUUGGAAUGAUGUGAUCUGUAUAUUAAAACAGUGUGAGCCCUGUUUCAGACAUGACGCAGAAGCAGAACUGAUUCAUAAUGCUCAUGUUCGGAAGGAUUACAACGUGGUGGGGUGUGCUGUUGUAGAAAAUAAUUUGUAGAAAAUCAAUUACAGGGUGGUGUGAUGCGACCCGAAGUAUUUUAUUCCUCUUAUACCACAGCAAUUUACCAAAAAUUGUAUUAUUUUUUUUAUUUAUUAAUGAGCAACAUAUUGUACUUUGUAUCCGUUUAUAGUUACGUUUGACGCUGUGUAACGUAUGCAAAACAAGUUAUGUUACUUCGCUUACGUUAUACUGGAUAUAAACAGUCGUUCCCUCACUCUUUUUUCUCACUCUUGAAUUUAAUUAGACAAAACAGUUAAAGAGAAAGCAGAAAGCCCUCUAUCCACCUCUGUCAUUUUUUUUACUUCCAGAACAAUGUACAAAUGAGUCAGAAUCUAAGGUCAUGCUGAGAAAGUGGGAGUUAAUAACCCAGUACACUUAAACCAUAAAAGAAGAGAUAUACUGUGGAGAAAAGUUAGCUUCUGAACUUCAUGGCUGUGUCUCAUGAGCUAUGAGAACUGCUGAGGAGUUCUCAUGAUGUCUUUUACUCUCUACAUCUACAUGCUCCUCUCAUUGGCCGUAUGCGCAUCCUGCUCCUACACCACCCUUCCCAUCAGCCCCGGCUGGCCUUCCAUGAUAACUAACGGCUGUGUGUGUGUGACUGUGGCUGCACCAUCAGAAGAGCAACAAGGAGACCAGACAAUAUGAGGUGGCUGUUUAGAGACUGUUCAGCACCGUUCUCCACAUCUCCUCUCUCCUCUCCGAAAGCUCUUCCCCUUUUCCUGUUCCUCCUCACCCUUCUCCGCUCCGUCCUCCCGCUGAGCUCUUGUACAGUCUAUUUUUCUCCAGAUGAUGCUGGAAAGAUGGUGGACAAUACAAUGUUAUUUUUGUAGCGCUUCAGCAAAAAUGACCCAUCUUUUUUUUCAGUGAGCUGUGAAUAUGUGCAUAUUAAGACAAUGACGAACAAUAACAGGGUGCUUUUGAGAAGUCUCCAGUGUCCGCAAGAUGGGACACGUAAGAUUUAGACUCCAGGAUGAAUGAGUGCUCAGUGUUAUUUAUGUUAAUAUGCCUGUGUUAAUAAUGCCAUUACUUGGUCUAUUUACUACAUCGGCGCUGUUGAAUGUCUGCAUGGGGGUUUUCUUUCCUAAACACUUUGUAAAUAAAGUGAAUAUUCAAAAACCAA